GAAUUGCUGCCUAUUAAUCCAACUACUUGCCUUUGGACUUUCAGGUGGUUGCAAAGGUACAAAAAUAUCUCAUCUGGUUAUGUUUGGAUCUUGAUGGAUUUUUAAUGAGCUGAUUGGGUAAUAGUAUUUAAGCAUGAAAAUGCCAUAAAGUGAUUGAAUUCCUUGUUAUUUACGGUCAGCUUUUUGUCUUUUCAGUUGGGUAUGUCUGGAUAUUCGUUGGUUUUAACAGCUCACAGGAAUAGAGAUGAACUGAGAUAGUAUAUUUUCCGGUUUUCAAUUUAAGGAGGAGACUUGAAUUGUAUUCUUUAUGUCCAUGGCCAUGGAAAGAAGAGCUAUUUUCAUUCUUUUCCAUACCCUUCUCUGGUUGUUCCUCACUACUAAUAUCUGCAACGGAAUUGAAAAAGAUAUUCAAUGCUUGAAAGACAUAAAACAAUCUCUUAAAGACCCUUACAACUACCUUACUUCAUGGAAUUUCAACAACAAAACCAAAGGGUUCAUCUGUAACUUCAACGGCAUCGAAUGCUGGCAACCGAACGAAAACAUGGUCAUGAACAUCCAUCUUGCGAGCAUGAGCCUUCAAGGCCAAUUCCCAUUGGCUUUCAAGAACUGCAUGGCCUUGACGGGAUUGGAUCUCUCCAACAAUAGCCUUUCUGGGCCCCUCCCUCAUGACAUAUCUGAAAUAGUACCCUUUCUGAGGUCCCUUAACCUCUCCUCCAACAAAAUUUCAGGCGAUAUUCCGCCAAGCCUCAGCUAUUGUACAUAUUUGAAAACCCUUCACCUACAACACAAUGAGUUCACAGGUCGGAUCCCAAAGCAACUCGGAAACCUCAGUUUUCUAACGUCGUUUAGCGUGGCUGACAAUCUUCUUUCAGGACAAAUUCCUUCCUUUCUAAGGGAAUUGCCAUUUUCAAGCUUUGCAGAUAAUUCAGGACUCUGUGGGAAACCUCUGGGAGCUUGCAAAGAUCCUCCAAAACGGUCUCAUACUUGGAUCAUCAUCAUCGGAUCAUUGGCAUACCGGCUAGAGAAAACACAGAACAAGUGGCUACCAUGGAGGAAGGCAUCAGAAGAAAUAGAUGGGCGAAGAGAACAAGGGGAUACAAAGGCAUCAAGGCAAGUUGAUUUCAUUUCUGUUUUACUUAUCUACAUUUAAAUUGCAUUUCUUUGGAUUUGUAUUAGUGCAGCUUCUUGAUUCUCUGCUUAUGAUUAAUGGUGCGAUCUAGACCAUUGACCUGAUGAGAUGCACCCCAGAUGGAACACAGCCUGAAACUCCCCCACGUUCAAGACCAUAGCAGUCCAAUCUAUGUUAUUUUUUCCAUUGAAUGUGGAUCAUGAUAUAAAAUUUUCUUAGUCUUCUAAU